CUUCCAGUAGAUUUCUUGCCUCUUGGCCACUCACGGCUCGACAAGUGUCACAGGUGGCAGAGCGAAUAGCUGCGGGAAAGAAAUAGGCGUGGAAGCACUGUUCCCACCCCUGCUGCUCGCGACGUGCGCAUCGUCAGAGCGCUGUUAGAUCUUCCGUUGUGACGUCAGCGAUCCUCCAUGGACGUGCCACCUCCGUAGAGACGACCAGGUCCUCGUCAGCCGCACGAUCUGAGCGAUCUCCUUGCCAGCCAAUCUCGACCGUGCAUCCGUCGCGAUGAGAUCCAGCGCGCGAGAUCUGCUCCUGGCAGCGUGCCGAUCCCUCCUCCGGCCGCCAUCCCUCCUGCCCCCAUCCCUCCGCCCCCCAUCCCUCCCCCCGCCUUCCGCCCACCUCGCGCCGAUCCAUCCGCCUCGCCGCGCCUUCUCGUCCGCGUUCGGCGGCGCCUGCAUUGACGGCGGCUUUGACGGCGGCGGCGGCAGUUUCGGCGCAGUCUCGCCGGCGGCUAAGUCACUCGUCCUUCCCCCGAUCGCUGCCGCGCUCUGCUUGCAGCAGCAGGACCACGUAUUCGGGCUUCGGAAUGUUCGAGGUUGCCCGUCUCUGUCGGGUCACGAUCACCAAAACCAUCACCAGACCCAUCGCAUACAUCGUCGCCAUCGCCUUUUCCACAGCGCGCAAUGCUCGCCGCCCCUGAUCCCUCCUCCCGCCUCCCCGCUUUUCCCGCCGCAUCGCCCGGCGACCAUGGCGACGCAGGCGCCGCGAGGCCCCGUGCAGACGCAGCCGCCUAGAGGGCCCGUGCACAUGCAGCAG